UUUAUUUAUUUAUUAAAAUACAAAAAUAAACGUGGCUGUAAAGGUGCUCAUCUCAGUGCUAGUUGAACAUUUUAUUUCCAACUUUGACUGUAAUGAGAGCAAGCGAAAGUGUAGGAGGAGAAGAACAGCAGACAAAGCAAAGAGGGUGGCUGCAAGAACCAAGCCAAUCAACCAAUCCUAUAUCUACCAACUUUGACCUUGUUGCUUCUUUGCAUUUGCUAAAGUUUCUUCACUCUGAUCAGGUCAAAUUGACCACAUUAUGAGUGACCUUUACAAAAGGGCAUCGACCAACUGUUUGAACCCCUGGUGAAGCCUGAUCACUACACGUUCCAUGCUGUCUAUCACAACACAAAAUAUGGGCUUACUCUGCAGUAAACGGCAUCGAUACAAUGAAGCAGAUACUGAAGAGAAUGCACAGGCUGCAGAAAUCGAAAGGCGAAUUGAACAAGAAACCAAAGUUGAACAGCAUAUUCAAAAACUUUUGCUUCUUGGUGCUGGAGACUCUGGGAAGUCAACGAUUUUCAAGCAGAUAAAACUUUUGUUUCAAAGUGGUUUUGACGAGGCAGAGCUCAAGAGCUAUAUCUCAGUCAUCCAUGCGAACGUCUAUCAGACAAUAAAAGUAUUGCACGAUGGAUCAAAAGAAUUGGCUCAAAAUGAAACAAAUUCCUUGAAGUAUGUUAUAUCCAAUGAAAAUAAGGAUAUUGGACAGAAAUUGUCAGAAAUUGGAGGCAGGUUGGAUCAUCCACGUCUCACCAAAGAACUAGCCCAGGAGAUUGAAACUCUAUGGAGAGAUGCUGCAGUUCAGGAAACAUAUGCCCGUGGCAAUGAGCUCCAAGUUCCAGAUUGUACCCCUUAUUUCAUGGAGAAUUUGCAAAGAUUGUCUGAUGCAAAUUAUAUUCCAACUAAGGACGAUGUUCUUUAUGCAAGAGUUCGUACAACAGGCGUUGUAGUGAUCCAAUUCAGCCCUGUUGGUGAGAACAAGAAAAGUGGGGAGGUGUAUAGACUUUUUGAUGUCGGUGGGCAGAGAAAUGAGAGGCGGAAAUGGAUUCAUCUAUUUGAAGGUGUUACAGCUGUAAUUUUUUGUGCUGCAAUUAGCGAGUAUGAUCAAACACUAUUUGAGGAUGAAAACAAGAAUCGAAUGAUUGGGACAAAGGAGCUUUUUGAGUGGGUCCUGAAGCAACCAUGCUUUGAGAAGACAUCCUUCAUGCUGUUUCUAAACAAGUUUGAUAUAUUUGAAGAGAAAGUUCUGAAAGUACCAUUGAAUGUAUGCGAGUGGUUCAAGGACUACCAGCCAGUUUUGACAGGAAAACUAGAGAUUGAGCAUGCAUACGAGUUUGUAAAGAAGAAGUUUGAGGAGUCGUAUUUCCAAAGCACAACCCCUGAUCGCGUGGACCGGGUAUUUAAAAUAUACAGAACCACAGCACUUGAUCAGAAGCUUGUGAAAAAAACUUUCAAGCUUGUAGAUGAGACUUUAAGACGCAGAAAUCUCUUUGAAGCUGGUUUAUUGUGAAUAGAAGCAUUUGCUUUAAAAGGGAGGUUCAUAGUUUGAAGAACUUGAUCAGGUUUUGAAUAUUAGAGGUGGAAGAAACACCUCUCAUCUGUUGACUGCUGGAAUCAGUCUCACAGGAUAAAAGUUUGGUCACCAUUUGUUUUCUCAGCAUGGUCGAAGAAAGAUGAUUGCCCCCAUGAUUUUAUUUUCUGAAUAAUUUCCUGUAGAAAAACCUAUCCAGAGGAUCUGUUCUCUUGCAUGAUCUGUUUUGUUUCAGAGUGGGUACUGGGGACUAAAUUGAACAUAUGAAAGUAACCUUGUAUUCCUUCUACCCAACACAAGCCACUGCAUAUUUAUUCUUGCCCAAAUCUUUGGAACCAUGGUCUCAUUGUUUAGAAAUUGCUAAUCUGUGUGAGCUAUGAGUUUGGUUCUCUA